UUCAGUGCCAUUGAUGCAAGGCUACGGCCGCGAUUAUAAUCAAAUAAAUCGCGAAAAAAAUCACGAGACAAAAAUUAAAAAAAAAAAAAAAAAAAAAAUUGUUUUCGGUGACUUUUAUUAUGUGUUAGAUUUUUUUUUCGAUAUGGAAACGUGCGUUUUGAUUCCUCAGGAGUUUAGCUUGUGCGUUCGAAGUGCCGGAUUGGGGAAUAGAAGGGAACCCGAGGUGUCCGUUUGGUCUAAUACCGAGAUAUCUCAAGGGACCGUUUGUUAUCCUUUCCAAGGGACUAUUAGAAUCGAUAAACUCGACGUGUACGGCCAAUUGGACGACGACGAUAUUAGGCAUCGAUUCGGUUGUUACGAUGAAAUAUCUGUGACUGGGUCACGAAAGGUUCGGCAUUGUAACUGGGUACGAUUCGUUAGGGUGGCUAACGCUUUUAAUCCGGGAGUUAAUUUCGUAGCUACGAAAGUUAGAGGAGAGCCCGUUUAUGAAGCUGUUAAGCCGAUAGCACCAGAUACGGAAUUGUUGGUUUACUAUUUACCUGAACGACCUGAAGAAUUGUUUUUUGUCAGAAUGAGGGCGUCUUUGUAUAGACAAACCAUGGAUUCCAUAUUAGAGGAUUCGCCUCUCGAUCUCUCGAUGUCUUUACUAUCACGGGCGUUGAUAAGCUCGCCGCCGUCCGCCGAAGACGAAAGAAAAUCCGUAUCCGGAGAUAGUUCGGCGGCCAGUUCCCAAGGCGAUCUACCCGAAACCGCGGUACCAACACCCAGAACGCGACCUAGAGAACGAACGCUCCUGCCGUGCGGCGUUUGCAACAAAGCUUUCGACAGACCGUCACUACUGAAAAGACACAUGAGGACCCAUACAGGCGAAAAACCCCACGUGUGCAUGGUGUGCGGUAAAGGAUUCAGCACGUCUUCCUCUUUGAACACGCAUCGGAGGAUACACAGCGGGGAGAAGCCCCAUCAGUGUCCGGUGUGUCUCAAAAGGUUCACCGCCUCCUCUAACUUAUACUACCACCGAAUGACGCACAUCAAAGAUAAGCCCCACAAAUGCAACUUGUGCAGCAAGUCCUUCCCCACGCCAGGAGAUCUGCGAUCCCACAUGUACGUCCAUUCGGGGUCCUGGCCUUUCAAAUGCCACAUCUGUUCCAGAGGAUUUUCCAAACAUACGAAUUUGAAAAAUCAUCUAUUUUUACACACAGGAAAACCGAACGGAACGCGCAAAUGAUGAAAAAUCUUUUUCCCGUUUCCUUAUUUUCAAUGAAUUUGAAAGUUUGUAAGUGAUUUUAGUUAAGAGUUAUUUAUAAAAUUGUUAUUAAUUAUUCUAUUUAUAUAGAUAUAUAUAUUUUUUUGUACUACGUAUAAAUUUACGUAUCAAUGUAUAUUGUUGUAUAUAACUAUGGAAAAAAAAAGUUUAAUAUA